UUAUCGUACAACCCAACUAAUUUUACUGCGUGACCGGGAGAGGCUGCUCAAUAUCACCGAUCAGGUAAACCCGGAGACUCGAUCCCUGGACGUGGCUCUCCCCCAACUGGGACUACAACCACAGAACAGAACCAUAGUUUUUGGAUCUAUUAUUUAUGUUUAUUCUCUUAAAAAGUGUUGAGAAUUGUACACACAUUCUUCAUCCUUGGUUAAGUGAGUCUCAAGAUGACUCUUGAUGUGAUAAUUAAAAACAAAGAACUUGUUUAUGACGCAAUAAUGACAAACACACUACCAUAUUAUAAUUAUUAUUGUAGACGACCCCAAAAAAAAACACACACACACACACACGCUACCAUAUGAUCUGUAAUUGCCAAAGUACUCUUCUACCCUUUCUUCUUCGGUAGACUACCAAGAUACCCUUUCUUCCUUAACGGAUUCCGGCCUUUAGGACUGACCGACUGCAAAACCCUAAGUUUACUACCGAACCAGACUGAAAUUCGAAACUCGAAUAGUAUAGCAAAAUAGCACUGGACAUAUGGAGAUGGAAAUCGACAAUCCAAAGCCCAAUUUCAAAGCUAACAACUCCCAAAUCAAAGACGAAGACCUCUUCAAAGCCGCUGAGAACGGCGACGUUUCGGUCUUCGAAUCCCUCUCCGACGGACAGCUCCUCAAAGCCCUCUCUCUCCGCAACGAAGAUGGCCGUUCUCUCCUUCACGUUGCCGUCUCCUUUGCCCAAACCCAGGUGGUGAAGAUUCUAUCAGCAGCAGAACCGUCUGUAAGUGGUGUAAAUAGUACCGAUGAGGAAGGCUGGGCCCCUCUCCAUUCUGCAGCAAGCAGCGGGAGCGUCGAGAUCGUGGAGAUUUUGCUGAGCAGAGGUGCUGAUGUUAAUCAGAAGAAUGAUGGUGGUCGCACAGCUCUCCACUAUGCUGCUAGCAAGGGUCGGUUUAAAAUAGCUGAACUUUUACUCUCUCAUGGUGCAAAGCUCAACGCGAAGGACAAGGUUGGUUGUACCCCAUUACAUCGUGCAGCCAGCACAGGGAACUCAGAAGUGUCUGAACUCUUAAUUGAGGAAGGAGCUGAGGUUGAUGAUGUUGAUAAGGCGGGUCAAACUCCUCUUAUGAAUGCAGUGAUAUGCGGCAACAAAGAAGUUGCUCUCCUACUAAUAAGACACGGAGCAAAUGUAGAUGUUGAGGACAAUGAAGGAUACACUGUACUCGGUCGAGCUUCUGAUGAUCUUCGACCAGCACUAGUUGAUGCAGCGAAGGCCAUGCUGGAAGAAUAGAUAGAUUAUACAGAGGAAAGGAAAUUUCUUUAAAUGGCUGGGGCUAAUUUGAUGCAUUUGGGGUAACACACUAGGAUCUAUGCCAGUGAAAGUUUAAGGGGUAGAACGGCACUACUCUAGCUAUGUUUUGUUUUUCUUUUCGGGUUCAUCUGUUGGAUCAUCAAGUCAACUGGAAAGCCCAGAUUUUGAUCAGUUUCAUUUAAAUUGCUUAUUUUUCUCAGUUUGUUUGAUUCCUGGAUUUGGGAUGGUAACGCUCGAGCAUUUUUCCCCUCCAACUUUUUGCAUUAGCAGAUGGGGAUAAGAUGUUGGAGGACUCGAUCGCCUUACGGUCUUAGUGCAGGGUUUUAAAGUCCUUAACUGUGAUAGGAUCUCUCUUAGAUGAAAAGAAUUCGAUGGCAUAUGAGAAUUUA